CAGGGUUAGUGAUCCUCUCCCAGCUCUGCUUCGCCUUCUCUCCCUACAAACUUCAUUUUUUCCCAGCUUUGAGGAAGGAUUAGACCCGGUAUACAAGACCAGACUUUUCAAGCUGAGUUUUAAGCUGUUGGUUUCAUUAUUUUUUUCCAAAGUUAAAAGUUAGACUUAAACGCCCUCCUGCUGUAUUUAGAACACUCUUUUAGCUUCUGUUUUUUCUGUAACAUUUUAAAAUUUUGGUUUUUCACCUCUUGCAGUCAGAUUCGAUGGCACUUGGAGAGCUAAAUCCACAGUUAAAGAGCUCCUUAAGUGGGAGCGAAUUUUUCGACAGUGGUUAUGUAGAGGAACUACCACCUCCUCUUCAAAGCUACCUUUGUUUGACCAUUUUUACAUGCUUUUGUCCUGCAUACCCCGUCAACAUUGUGGCUUUGGUCUUCUCUAUCAUGUCUAGAAACAGUUACUACAGCGGAGACUACGAAGGCUCCAGGCGGCUGGGCAGGAACGCGCUCUACGUGGCUAUUGCCUCAGUCAUCAUCGGGCUUCUCAUCAUCGCCAUCUCCUGCACUGUUCAUUUUACCACAACAGUUGCAGGCGUUUACUGGAAUCAUAAGCAGUGUUUUGACAAUACAGACUAUUGUGAAAUCAUCACUGGGAGAAAGUGCUGCGAGCCUCCUCUGUAUGUCGGAGCACUGGUGUGUCACCCUAAAGAAGCUAUCAGGAAAAACAGAACCUUGAGGAGCAAACAUUCAUAUCUUAAGUGACACAUGCAAGCCAACUUUCCUGUGCUUGUCUUCUCUAAAAAUUCUGCACAAUACAGUGUGUGCUUUGUGGAAGGGAACACUCCACUUUGAUGUUCAUAUUACAUAUUAAUUUUAUCCCACAAUAAUUACCAUAAUUAACUAUAUGAUGGAGAUAUAUGUUAAGUUCUUCUGUGGACAUCACCUCCUAUAGAUUCAUGCUUUCUAAAUAAAUAUGCUGCUGCUUGGUCUUACUAAUGAACUAAGGACAUCAAGGAGCCAACUUAAAAGCUCAAAUUUAGGUUAAACGUCACUGGGAACUGCUGUCCAGUCUUAAAUAUGGAAUCAGAAGGAAGCACAGGACUGUCCACAGCUGCACUGGUGGCCAUCGCCUGCAACACCUUUGUUGCCAUCCUCCUUCUCCUCCUCUGUCUAAUCCUCUACCGGGCCUGCAGGGUUCCUUCUAGCCCAGAGAGGCAGCCUGUGCUGGCUCCAAGUGAAGCAGAAACCCAGCAGAUGAACGAGCACAAGUACCUGUUAACCUCCUGACUGAUGAAGAAUGAGUCAAAUGUAGCAACAAGCUAUGACCUCAGCGUACUCCUCCACAGGAGAGGGAAGUGAAGGAGCACUGAGCCUGACUGCAAGCAAUAACGAAGCUUGUCCUCUCCUAGUGUCAAAAAAUAAAAAAAUAAAAAAUAAAGAAAUCAGCUGUCGCUCUAAAAUCAGAAAUGCCUCACAAAAACAGAAAGGAUGAGUUGUUGUGGAGUGAGAGAACUAUUUUUAAACAGCGAUCACUUGUCAAAUCUGGUAACUGGUUUGACAAAACACACGGGGGAGUGCCGGUGCGAAUCUGUGUUUAACGCACACACAAAAAGCCUCGAGAGGAACACAUGGUCACAAGGAUGUCUGCAGGUUACGUACAGACUGAGAGAAAGGAGGGUUCAGUACAUGAAGAAUGACUACCGGUAGUACUUGUUGGAGGUUUCUAAAUAUAUAUCCUCUUAUUUCAUAUGUUGGCCUGAAAAAAAAGAGAAACAGUAUGUUACUCAGAACAGGGACUUGAGCCCGUGUGGAGUCUGUGUGUGUCACUGUCACUCAUAAAUAUCAGUGGACUGUGAGGCACAGUGCUUUUGCUAUGGGUGUUGUAUAAGAACUAGCGAUGCUUAGUUGAAAUAGCAGCCCUCAUAGUGACAUCUGCCUGCAGCCAUGUGUGACAGGCAGCUCGCUUUGGACAGAAUCACACGCUGAUCACGUAAAGAUCUUCAGUUUUACCAACAUCCCAUUGCAAAUUAUUAAGACUCAACCACUUCUCCACUAUUACAGCUGAGAUCACACGUACAUCAAAAAGGAGUAAGAAAGAAAAGGUUCUCAAAAUAUAUUCCUACUCCAUGCGCGAAAAUAUACCUACUGCUAAUAGACUCCUUUUCAUCAUUUUCUUUUUCAUAUGAAACACAAUAUGAGUAAAUGGAUUAAGUUUAGAGAAAGUCAGAAAACAAAGAAGUUCAUAUCUUUAAACAUAUAUUAGAUAUUAUAUAAAUACAUAAAUAUAUUGAGGUUGAAUGAAUCACUGAUUAACUGAUCAACAAUUAAUUACCACAUAUUCCAGAAACUUGCUGAAUAUCACGUAAUAAUGAUGCUUAAAAGUCAGUGCCCUAAGGGUGAAAUUAUUUUCUGGACAUGCUAGCGAAGAUUCAGUGAAUUUAUGACCUUUGUAGUAGAAGUGCUCUCCCUAAAGACUUGACCACACUUCCAUAUAAUCCUCAUGUGUUAUACACGCAGCUGCAAGAACCCAGAAAGCUGAAAAUAAGCAAACCUGGCAGUGCUUUAGCCAAGCUUCCACCCUUUAUGCUUCCUAUUACUGCAAUAACAACAUAACUGUAUAACUGCAGCCACAUUCUCAUUACUACAACACGGGCACUCUCAUUUAUUACACAUCUGCAAACAUGAGAUGAUCAGGCAGCGUUCUCCAACCACACUUGGAGAAAUUGUAAUGUAAUGAAUUACUCAUAAGGGAGAAAUUGCUGGAUGUGAUCACAUCUAGACCCAAAGGAUAAAGGAACUCUCUGUGGCAGAAAGACAGAAAGAAAAAGAGCUUGGGAGACAGAGAGCAAAAUGUUAUUCCAGGUGAGCAUUAGAGUACUGGGCGGCGCUUUACUGCAGAUCAUUAAGAAUGAGAGGAAUGAAAACAAAAAAUAAAGGCAGAAACCAUUCAGUAGAUGGAACAUUAAAAGGCUACCAUCCCUGGAACGGUGCCCAGGACUAUGUGUGCCAGUUGUUUGGAUGUGGUCCACAAGUGCCCAGUCUAGUAGGGUAAUUUAUCUCC